AAUCCUGAUCCCUGUCGUUGAGAUCCAGCUCCAGGUUUUCCAGCGGCCUCUGUCUGUGUCUGGCAGCAGCGCAGCGUGAAAGCAGUGGGAAACAGAAACACUAUGGCUGCCACUCUGUCUCUUGGCCAGCUUUCCAGUGGAAAUCCCAUCUAUGACAAAUACUAUCGACAGGUUGAUCCGACUGGCAGUGGGCGGGUGGCAGCAGCUGAUGCCGCUCUGUUCCUGAAGAGGUCGGGCUUGGCGGACUUGGUCCUGGGGAAGAUUUGGGAUUUGGCAGACUCUGAACGUAAAGGUGCUCUUAACAAGCAGCAAUUCUUCAUAGCGUUGCGGUUGGUGGCCUGUGCUCAAAAUGGGCUGGAGGUGGCACUCAAGAGCCUUAAUGUGGCUGUUCCUACCCCGAAAUUUCAUGACUCAAGCAGCCCGCUGUUAGCAGGAGGAGCGGCUGUUGACUCUUCCUGGGUGGUCAAGCCUGAGGAGAAGCUGAAGUUCGACUCCAUCUUUGAAAGUCUGGGUCCAGUCGGAGGGAUUUUAACGGGGGACAAAGUCAAGCCUGUCCUGCUCAACUCCAAACUGCCCGUGGACAUCCUCGGCAGGGUGUGGGAGCUCAGUGACAUCGACAGAGAUGGCAUGUUGGACAGAGAUGAAUUUUCUGUGGCCAUGUAUCUGGUGUACAGAGCCCUGGAGGGGGAGCAUGUUCCCAUGUCCCUACCACCUCCCCUGGUUCCACCCUCCAAGAGGAAAAAACCCUCGGUGCCUCCCGUGAUGCCCCUGUUACCCUCGCCCCCCUCCGUCAAAGACAGUCGCUCCUCCCACGCUGGCUCUAAGACCAUACCCCACCCUCCUAAACCCGCCCCAGCUCCCGUCCCAACACCAGCAGCUGCCCCUUGGGUGGUGUCGACAGCAGACAAAGCAAAGUAUGACGAGCUAUUCAGCAAGACAGACGGCGACAUGGACGGCCUUGUGUCUGGACCUGAAGUCAGAGACAUCUUCCUCAAGACCGGCCUGCCCUCUGCCACGCUCGCUCGUAUCUGGGAGCUCUGUGACAUCGGAGACAUCGGGAAACUCACCCGAGAGCAGUUUGCUCUGGCGCUUCAUCUAAUCAAUCAGAGGCUGACUAAAGGACUGGAACCUCCGCAGAGUCUCUCCCCGGAGAUGAUCCCUCCAGCCGACAGACAGAACAUCAAACAGAACAACGUGGCUAACCUGGCAGCGGACUUCUCUGCCAUCAAGGAGCUGGACUCUCUCAGUAACGAGAUUGUCGAACUACAAAAGGAGAAGAUCACUGUGGAAGAGGAGAUCAAGGAGAAGGAGGAAGCCAUCAGGCAGCGCACCAGCGAAGUGCAGGACUUGCAGGACGAGGUGGCGAGGGAGAGCGGGGAGCUGCAGCGGCUCCAGACUCAGCGUCAGAAGGUGCAGGAGGCCUUGGAUGAGCUGGACCAACAGAAAGGCUCCCUGGAGGAGCAGUUGUCUCAUAUUCGACAGCAGACAAACCAAGAGACCCAUCUGAUUUCCUCGCUGCAGUCGGAGCAUGAGGAGCAGGAACAGAAGAUAUGUCAGUUUGAGGAGGAGCUGGUGCAGGCGCGAGAGGAGCUCCUCGCUCUGCAGGAGGAGAGCAGCAGGCUGCAGGAGAAGGUCCAGGCCGCUCAGGAGCAGCUCACACCUCUGCAAGAGUCGGUCCGCGACUCCUUUACACAAGUUGCACAGGUCCAGCAGAAACUGAACGACCUUCAGGUGGAGGAGAGGUCAGUGACUGCUCAGCUCAGCUGGAAGAGAGCUCUGGAGGACAGAUCUCCUGUCAUGGUCAACGGAUCAGCAGGCCCCACUGCAGAGCUGCACCAGGGGGACCUCUUCCAGCAGGACCUCUUCCAGGAGGACCAGCCUAAAGAGCUGAAGGAGGAAGAACCAGCUGCUGUCUACUUUCAGCCGAAAGAACAUUCAGAUCAAAACGAGAAAGAAGGAGAAGAGGAAGAAGAGAAGGAGGAAGAGAGUCCAAAGACUUCAGAGGAGGAAAAGUUUAAACAUGAUGCCUUCGAUGAUCUCUAUACUAGUUUAGCCUCCUCCGAGUUGAUGUACAAUAAUCUGUCCACCCUCAGCAAGCCACUGGAGAACGCGGAACACCGUAGCCCGACACCUGACGUCUACUCGCAGGCCAUAGACGUUGCAGAGGAGUCGCCUAAAGAGAGCCCACCACAGGUGGCAUCUCCAGAGCCGGCAGAGUCCCCAGAAACCACGGCGUCCUCGUUACCACCUCAAGUCGGCCCUCGCUCUAUGCCGCCUCAGACCAGCCCCCCCUCUCUGCCUGAGAUGGACUUUUUCAAUCCGGACCCUUUUACUGACCACGAUCCAUUCAAAGAUGAUCCGUUUGGUAAAGCAGAAGUUGCAGAUCCCUUCGGAGGAGAUCCGUUCAAAGGCUCCGACCCCUUUGCUGCAGACUCUUUCUUCCAGGCCACCAGCGCCCCCUUUGCCUCAGACGACCCUUUCUCUGCCUCAGCCGACCCGUUCGGUACCACUACUGGCGUGCCAGAACCAGACCUGUUUGCAGGCAAGCCGAAUGACGCGGCGACUGCACCGGCGGCAGGUCCGGAUCCCUUCACCUCCAAACCUACCAAUCCAGCUUCAGCAGCCAAGGAUCUGUUCAGCUCCACAGGGAACAAAGUGGCCGAUUCUGACCCGUUUGGAGGCAAAGUGAACGCCACCGGGGAGGGGGAUCCGUUUGGUUCUAAGGACGGAGGGACAGAUCCCUUCAGCUGCUCCUCACCCUCCUCUGAUCUGGCCGUGAAGGACACUGCAGCAUCCAAUGACCCGUUCGCUCCAGGUGGCACCACUGUGAACGCCAGCUCAGAUCCAGAUCCGUUCGCUGCUGUGUUUGGUACUGAAUCAUUCGGCGGGGGCUUUGCAGAUUUCAGUGCUUUGACGAAGUCAAACGGUGCCGACCAGUUUGGCAUCAACAAUAAGAACCUGUUCCAGGAUGAGAGCCAGUCUGUCGGCCCCGAUGUGCCCCCGGCCCUGCCCCCGAAAACGGGUACGCCUACUAGACCACCUCCUCCACCUCCAGGUAAAAGAGCGUCCAUCUCCAGAACGGACUCGUCCGACUCCUUCCAGCGACGAGGACCCUUCCUCCAACAACCUUCAGGAGACUUCUCCUCCUCAGCCUCCUCUUCGUCCCUGCCUGCCAAGGAUCCUUUAGCCGACCCCUUCGCCCCCUCCUCCCCUCCUCGUCACAGCGCUCGGGAAGCUGACCGAUUUGCCAGCUUUGACAAAUAUCCGACAGAGGAAGACAUGAUCGAGUGGGCAAAGCGAGGAGAGCGAGCGGGAGGAAAAGGAGCGACUUGCCAGGCUCACCCAGCAGGAACAAGAGGACCUGGAGCUGGCCAUCGCACUCAGCAAGUCUGAACUCUCCUGAGGAGCCCGUCUUCCUCCCCCCCUGACCUCCCUCGUCUCCCCUCCCUUCCUCCACUGACCUGGCUCGGCACCUGGCUCGGCACGGCACGGCACAGCCAGCACAGAAAGCACCAAAGCAAAGCAGGGGGGCUGUAUAGGACUGAUUCAGCAGCACCUGCUGGACCCCCAUGAAGAGACUUUCUGAGAAACGCAUCUCUGAAUGUCCCCAGACUGUUCUCGGUUCACUGGCAGUAUUGUGUUCCUCCAUCACGUCGGCCAUGUUUUUGACCACGAAUGGAGUUUAAUGUUCUGAAGGAUGGAUUGUCGAGAAAAUGAAAUGCAGUGACUAUAUGGAUUUAGAGACCAGGCUACAAACGCCACAUUAACUCUCCAGAAUGUAAUUUAUUUAAUGCUCUCAGUACUAGAAGUCCUCCACUAACUCUUCACUUUAUUAAAACACUUUAGAUUCCUGAAGAUAUAUUGAGACGUUCUUCUUUAACUACAUAUACGUCAUCAUUUGUUUUUGUAGAGCCCCAAAAAAAUCUCCCUAAUUUCCUUCCAGUUUUUGGGGAAUUUUCCCGACACUUAAUCUUGAAGUGCGUUUAGUUUCAAGACAGUCGGGAAGAAGUCAGUAUUUUUAAACUGAGUGACUUUUGCAGUCCUGUACGAUGGCAGAGGGCCUUUGAGAUUCAAACAUUUCUACUUGUUUAACUGGAAGUUACCAGUCCGGAUAUGUGAAACGCAUGUGCAGAUUUAUACUACGAUGAACAAAUCCACAGCUUCUCCAUACCUCCAUGUCUUUUUCAUUUCUAUAAUGCGUUACUUAGCCCGCAGUCAGCUUAUUAUUUCAACUAUUACAUGUAAUUAGCAUUAAAUUCCACGGAUACAAGGGAUUGCAAAAAAAGCAAGAACUGCUUUCUUGAGGGAUAUUUGAGUCUAACACCAAAUAAUUAGCUUUUUAUUAGGAUGAAACGUUCAAUUACCUUCAAUUUUACUAAUGUGGCCUCAGAUUAAAGAACCUUUUGUUGUUGUUGUUGUUGCUGCAAAACAUAAUGUAUGAGUGUACGCCUCAGUAGCACAGAUGUUGGAUUUGUUUGUUGAGAGAAGAGUGUGUGAAAAAUAAGAUCAACUUCCUCAGGUAGUCGAUAUUCAUUUCACAAGUUCCACAGCGGCUCUCAUUUCAAAGUGUGUCGCCGUCUUUUGUUUGCGUCUGUAUGAACUUUAAAGUUUUCUUUGCAGAAUGUUGUUUUCAGGAGAUGAUUUCACAAGCCUUACACAAAGUCAGUUGAUUAGAGGCUCUGCGUUUUUGGUGGAGCAGUUUGUCUUUCUGUGUGUGUGUGUGUGUACUUCAGGCUCUGUGGGGAUUUUACCCGCUGGUGUUGCAUCCACACGCCUGUUCACACCUACACAGUUGGCUGGCCAGUGAUUCUUCUUCUUCUUCUUCUUCUUGCUGGGUUUUCUACCUGAACAUGAACUAACACUGAGUGCUGAACUGUGAUAGAUGUUUUUUAACAAGGGAAGGCUCAGUUGAAGAUUAGGAAGCCUUUUCUUUUUCUUUGCUUAUUUCUGACCAAACCGUGCACAACACGUAGAACACUUCCUGUUUUAUCUUUCUCUCUUUGACCUUGUUGAGAAGGAGCACAGGUCCCAGUUUACUGUUCUCAUGUUUACCCAGUUUACUGUCCGCGGUUCAGGCUGCACUUCCUCCUCUGUGCGUCUCAUAUUGCAUUUCACAUUUAUUGUAAAUAGAGCAGGAGUCGUCUCUCUUACACACUCACAGCUGAGUCUCCCGUCAUGCCUCCGGUUGAAUUCUCUCCCAUUUAAAGGCCAGACUCCUUCUACGAAUCAAAAACCACUUUAUGUUUCCACGCUCACCCAUAAAGGCUUUUUGUUUUUUGUUUUUUAAUUCAAGCUAAUUGUAUUUUCUAACGUGUAAGAAAAAAAAUCAUUAUUUGGAGUUUUUGGACAGAAUAUGUAAUGCAUUUAAUUGAAGCAGAAUAAAUAUUAAACGUGUAGUUUUGCA